CAGGCAUUUAUCAGCACCUCAAUUUUGUUCUAAAAAAAGAAAGAAAUGUCCGAGAAGGACCCAAAAUCAUCUCAGGACCUUACUGUUGUGGUGCAAACCUUGCUGCAGCAGAUGCAGGAUAAGUUUCAGACCAUGUCAGAUCAGAUCAUUGGGAGAAUUGAUGAGAUGAGUACCCGAAUCGAUGACCUGGAGAAGAACAUCUCCGAUCUCAUGACUCAGGCAGGUGUGGAGGAGUUGGAGGAGGAGAUAAAAGGUCAGUGAAACCUCUGGAACAGCUUGAAGGCAAAUGAGACCAACACCAUCCUAACUGCCAAGGAACACAGUGAGGACCUUCAACUGCAGUAUCUGAAUUUUAAAUGAAAUGUGAAUUAGUAAUUUUUAAA